CCUGACGGAGUCCGCGGCAGGUGGCUGGUCCCUCGCUGCUGCCUCUGGCCCUGGCCCUGCGGCGUAGUGGGACCACGACGUUUGGGAGAGAAGUACCAUUCGCGGCUACCGCCUGACCCGGGAGGGUGGGGAGGGCCCAGGCCGCUGAAACAAGGCUGCGGAAGUUUCCAGGCACUCGGUCGGGACCCUAAUAUCCAGAUAGAGGAAUCUCCUUCCAGGUUGCCCCAUCUCUCACCAGGUGUAGCCGCUGCGUUGUGACCAAGCCUUGUGCGCGCCCCAUGCUCCUGGAAGGCCUCCCGGGAAUUCAGUCUUCCUCGAUUCUUUCCAAGGGCUGUGACAGAGUGGUCCCAAAGGAAGAGGCAAGGGGAAUGAGGGGUACUUUAUUGAUCUGAUAACGGGCGGUCUUAGGAAUUAUCCAGCCUGCCUGUGCUACUAAUGAACAGAAAACUCUGAUUUAAACAAAGUGCCAAGAAGGGAUUGUCCUUGAUUUUUGUAACUUGUAGCAUUCCUCAAAUUCUUUUCACAUCUUCUCUUAGAAUAAAAACUGCAUUUAAGUUAGAAACAUGAAGCAGUCGAAAAGGAAAAGGAAAAGCAAUUUUAGUGUUCAGGAAACUCAGACCCUUUUGAAAGAAAUUACAAAAAGAAAAGAAGUCAUUUUUUCCAAGCAGCUCAAUACAACAAUUAAUGUGAUGAAACGAAUGGCUUGGGAGGAGAUUGCACAGUGUGUGAAUGCUGUUGGAGAAGGAGAACAGAGGACAGGGACGGAAGUGAAAAGAAGGUACCUUGACUGGCGAGCACUUAUGAAGAGAAAGAGGAUGAAGGCGAACAUUAAGCUGGUUGGUUCGGGGUUUCCCCUUCCCACGUCUGAUUUAGAUGACUCUCUUACUGAAGAAAUAGAUGAAAAGAUUGGAUUCCGAAAUGAUACAAAUUUUGAUUGGCAAAAUGUGGCAGAUUUCAGAGAUGCAGGUGGAUCCUUAACUGAGGUCAAAGUGGAAGAGGAAGAAAGAGAUCCCCAGAGCCCUGAAUUUGAGAUUGAGGAGGAAGAAGAAAUACUCUCAUCAGUCAUACCAGAUUCCCGGAGGGAAAAUGAACUUCCUGAUUUCCCCCACAUUGAUGAGUUUUUUACUCUAAACUCAACACCUUCUAAGUCUGCAUACGAUGAACCCCAUUUGCUUGUAAACAUAGAGAAACAGAAACUAGAGUUGGAAAAACGACGUCUGGACAUCGAGGCUGAAAGACUACAGGUAGAAAAGGAACGCCUGCAGAUUGAGAAAGAGAGGCUGCGGCAUUUAGACAUGGAACAUGAGCGGCUUCAGCUGGAAAAGGAGCGGCUGCAGAUUGAGAGAGAGAAGUUGAGGUUGCAGCUAGUCAACUCGGAGAAACCGUCUUUGGAAAAUGAACUCGGUCAAGGAGAAAAGUCCAUGCUUCAACCACAGGACAUAGAAGCAGAGAAGUUAAAACUUGAGAGAGAACGCUUGCAACUGGAAAAAGAUAGGCUGCAGUUUUUGAAAUUUGAAUCGGAGAAGCUGCAGAUUGAAAAGGAACGCUUACAAGUAGAGAAAGAGAGACUUCGAAUUCAGAAGGAAGGACAUUUGCAGUGAUUUAUCUAGGUCUGCAUUUAGCAAAUGUUUGUAAACCCUAGGUUUUUCUCUAUCAGGUAAUAUAAAAAUGGUUGCAGGAUUAGCUAUGUUUUUUCCCCCCUGUUUAAUGUCAGUGUUUUCAAUAGGAAAAAGUAGUUAUACGGGGUUAACUGUAUGCUUAAGUAGUAUGUUACAUAAAUACUAUGUGCCCUAGCAUAAACAGUAUAGCAGAAACUAUUGUGCUCUACUCCUUAAAUUUGUAAAAUUACCUAGAGCUUGUGUAAUCUGUGCACUCAGUUUACAGCUAUGUCUAUAUAAAAUUCUAGCUCAGUAGUUCUCAACUGGGUGAUUUUUGCCUCCAGAAGACAUUUGGCAAUGUUUGGAGAUAUUUUUGGUUGUCAAAACUAGGAAGUGAAGCAGGUUGCUACUGGCAUAUAGGGGGUAAAAGCCAGGGAUGCCUACAUCCUGCAAUGCAAGUGAUACCCCCCUCCCCAGCAAAAAAGAAUUAGCCAACCCAGUAUGUCAAUAUUGUUGAGGGUGAGAAACCCUAUCCUAGCCUGACUGCACCUCUAUAGCUUUGUUUUAUACUUUCAGAAUAGUAAAACCUCAGAUGUUUAUGUGGGUAGUUUACUUAAAUGGCCAACUGAAACGUUACUGUAUAGCAUAUAGAAUAUUAGGAAAUGAUGAAGAUUAUAGGUAUUCCCAUGUUUCCAUCUAUAAACGGAGAUUUAGAACUGAGUAAAUAAACAAUACAGGGAAGAUCAGAGAUUGUCUCAAAUAGGUCACUUUGACACGCAGUUCAUCCAUCUAGCUAUUUUUAAGCUUUAGGUCCCUUUCUUCUUUGAAUCCGUUUUCUUAGUUUAGGUACAAAAAUUGUCAUGUCAGCCAUGUACCGAAAUCUUAAUGUAAGUGAAUGGAUGAAGCUAGUAAAAAUGAUACCAGUAUAAAAAGGGUACCAGUAGUCCAUGAGCUUGAACCUAGUGAGUGUUAUUUGAUUUUUAAAAUAAAUGUUUAAAAUAAAUAAUAGCAGCUAUUUGGGAGUGAGGGUGGAGGCGGGGGGGAGAAGAAUGUCCUCUGAAUCAGAUGAUGAUGAUGGUGAUGAUGAUGAAGAAGAAGAAAUAAUGAUAGUAGCUGUGUAUUAUGAAUUAGGGAGGCUCUUAUCACACACAAUCUGGUCUAAUCUGUAGAACAAUUCUUGAGAGUAGUAUCUAAUAUGCCUGAAUCUAAGGCUCAGAGAAGCCACAUAGUGAAUAAAUGGCUGAUCUUAUAUAUGGUGGUAUAUUUUGUCUUUGCCCCUACAUGAGGAACAAAGCUUGUACCUUCAGUCCCUUCGGCCUUUAUUCUGAGACCAAGGACUUGCUUAACCUGGUGAUUUGCCUUCAGUUCCCCUGAAGGUGCUUUUUCCACAAUCCAGGUAAUUCUAAUGCACACUAAAGUUGAAAAUCGGUGCACGGGAUCACUUUGUAUUUUCUGUUUUCCAGGGCUAAUAUGUAGCUUUAAUACAUCUCUUCUGUUGACAGAUACUACCUUGAUUCUGUGUGUGUUCCUUAUUAAUUUAAGAAUGUCUUGAAACCAUGUGUGAUAUUUGAGUAUAGAUAUACAAGGAAAAAAUAUACUUCUGCUUAGUUACCUUGAUUUUAAAAUAGUGUUAUUUUUCUAUAACUGAAAUAAAUGCUUCUACCCUAGAAAUAAAAUUUGCCUAUACUAAC